AUGGUUCGUAAUAAGAAGCCCUCUUCCCUGGGCACCUCACUGACGAGCUUACCCCGCAGACCCACGGGCACUAUGGAUGAUUUUGUGUCCACACCAGCAGAGCUGCAAGGGGCUAGAACAAUGGACAAGAUGGCUUCGGUCUCCCCUGGCAUUGAAAGUUCGGGAGACUCACUGGAGUGCAGCAACCGGGAGGAUGCGUUAGCCCAGAUCAGACAAGAACUGGCAAUGAUCUCGGAACACAUGCUUACAAAGGCAAACACUGGAGGCCCGAUGCAGGAAUUCCGGAUGGCGGUGCUGGAAGAGAUCACUACCCUGCGCACCGACCUGGCCACAGUGGAGGUGAGGGUUGAAGCCCUAGAAACAGAAGCGCAAGCAAGCCGAACUCAGCACAGGGCCGCCGAACUCGCUACCACCCGCCAGGGUAACCUCCUUGUCGCCCUACGCUGCCAGGUUGAGGACCUUGAAAACCGCAGCAACCGCCACAACAUACGGAUUCGAGGCCUACCGGAGCCGGUCUCUACACCGCUACCGGAGACGGUCCGGGCCCUCUUCAAGCAAAUACUAGGUCGGGGGUGCCCCACGGACAUCAGUUUGACAGAGUCCACCGAGCCCUGGGCCCACAGAGGCAGUAUGGGAAGCCCAUAG